AUGGCGGCCAACUACUGGGAUUCGACUCAGCGGACAUACUGGACUUUCACAAAGGACCAGCUUGAUGAUAUCCGAAACCAACAACAGAAAGACAACCAGGAACUGCACAACAAGUAUCCUUUACCCGAGCCACGUCUUAUGAACAUUUAUAUUCAACAGCAGAUCGUGAAACUUGGUCGAAGAAUGAAUGUCAGACAGCAACCACUUGCCACAGCCCAGGUCUACGUACGGCGGUUCUACACCAAAGUCGACAUUCGAAGGACAAAUCCAUAUCUUGUCAUGACAACAGCUGUAUACGUUGCUUGUAAGGUCGAGGAGUGUCCAAUCCACAUCAGAUUGGUCUUGGCCGAGGCAGCGAGGCAAUGGCCAGAGCUAGGUGUCAACGAUAUCUCCAAGAUUGGUGAAUGCGAAUUUCAUCUCAUCAGUACCAUGUCAGCACGCAUGAUCGUACAUCAUCCGUAUCGGAGUCUCAACGAUCUAGCCCCAGGUCUAAACUUGUCUACCGAAGAGAUGGCCUUGUCCCAGAAUGUCAUCAACGAUCACUACAACACUGACAUGCCUCUGAUGUACCCGCCACAUAUCAUUGCCGUCACAGCCAUGUUCCUCGCCGUCGUCUUACGCCCAACCCAAUCAAAUCUGCAGGCACAUGCUGCCGCAACAAGUGCAUCAGCCUUGCAGAGUGCUCUGCAAAAUCCCAACAAAAUCGCUAAAAUGGUCCAAUGGAUGGCAGAGAGCGAUAUUGACGUCGGGGCCUGUAUGGCUGCUACUCAAGAGUUCAUCAGCCUCUAUGAAGUCUGGGAAAAUUAUGCAGAGAGGACCUGUAAAGACGGCAUUUCGAGAUUUAUGAAGGAGACCCAGAUCGGCAAAUAG